AGCCCUCUGGAGGGAAGAGACCAAGAGGUGUUCUGGCUUGGCUUUUGGGCUCAUCUAAUAUCCGCUCAGAAGACUGUGGAUUCCAAGGACUGCCUGCCACAUACAUUUCUUCUUCCUUUUCCCUGUAGCAGCUCAGCAGAUCUGCAGCCAUGAGGAUUCUUUACCUGCUUUUCUCUCUCCUCUUCCUGGCACUCCAGGUUUCUCCAGGGUUGUCUUCGCCCCGGCGGGACAUGCUGUUCUGUAAAGGAGGGUCCUGCCACUUUGGAGGGUGUCCCAGCCAUCUAAUCAAAGUCGGAAGCUGCUUCGGGUUCCGUUCCUGCUGCAAAUGGCCUUGGAAUGCAUAAACACUUCAUGAGUCCAUUCAAGAGCUUUGAAAAUUUCUUCCAGGCAUGUGCUUUAAAUGCUACAGCAAAGCCUCAGCAGCAAGAAGACCCCUCUCAUGUGUUAAUGCAAUAUGUUUUGUGUUGUAGAGUAAAUACAAAUAUCUUCUGCACUGCCUUUCUUCCUCUUGAAUAAAUUGUCAUUGCAUAGCA